UUUCGUCUUAUAUCCCCGCUUUUAGGUCCGAGUCUUAACUCAUCCUCAGUUAACAAUCGUUAGAAGCGAAGCCUUCACAUGAAAUCCCUCCGGUAGCAAUUGGUUCGAUCAUUUGCUGACCGAUCAAUUGGAAAUCCCGAGCGGAGAAGCAGGUUUAUUUUUUAUCUUAGUGGAUUUGAAGGCUCAUUUUAGAUCUCGUCGGCAGCGAUGCCCGUGGCAGCUUCCGCUAUUUACUUCCUCAACCUUCGCGGCGAUGUCCUCAUCAAUCGCCUCUACCGUGACGACGUCGGAGGCAACAUGGUGGAUGCUUUCCGGACACAUAUAAUGCAAACAAAGGAACUUGGCACGUGUCCUGUGCGACAAAUUGGGGGCUGCUCUUUCUUUUAUAUGAGGAUUAGUAAUGUGUACAUUGUGAUUGUGGUUAGCAGCAAUGCCAAUGUUGCUUGUGCAUUCAAGUUUGUUGUGGAGGCAGUUGCAUUAUUUAAAUCUUACUUUGGAGGGGCUUUUGAUGAAGAUGCUAUCCGAAAUAACUUUGUUUUGAUAUAUGAACUGUUGGAUGAAAUUAUGGAUUUUGGUUACCCUCAAAACCUGUCUCCUGAAAUCUUAAAGCUCUACAUAACUCAGGAAGGUGUGCGAUCCCCAUUUUCAUCUAAGCCUGCAGACAAACCUGUUCCAAAUGCAACUUUACAAGUUACUGGUGCUGUUGGCUGGCGCAGAGAGGGGCUUGUUUAUAAGAAAAAUGAGGUGUUCCUUGAUAUUGUGGAAAGUGUUAAUCUUCUGAUGUCUUCAAAAGGUAGCGUUCUGCGCUGCGAUGUCACAGGGAAGAUUCUUAUGAAGUGCUUCCUUUCUGGAAUGCCUGAUCUGAAGUUGGGCUUAAAUGAUAAAAUUGGCCUUGAAAAAGAGUCACAACUUAAGUCCCGUCCUACUAAGAGUGGAAAAACCAUUGAGCUUGAUGAUGUUACUUUCCAUCAAUGUGUAAACCUGACAAGGUUCAAUUCAGAAAAGACUGUUAGUUUUGUUCCUCCAGAUGGUGAAUUUGAAUUAAUGAAGUAUCGUAUCACGGAGGGGGUCAAUCUUCCUUUUCGGGUUUUACCUACUAUCAAGGAAUUGGGUCGGACACGUAUGGAAGUGAAUGUAAAGGUGAAGAGUGUUUUUGGGGCAAAAAUGUUUGCACUUGGAGUGGUUGUUAAGAUUCCAGUACCAAAACAAACAGCAAAAACGAAUUUUCAGGUGACAUCCGGCCGAGCUAAGUACAAUCCUUCUAUUGACUCUUUGGUCUGGAAGAUAAGAAAAUUUCCUGGACAAACUGAGUCAACAUUGAGCGCAGAGGUAGAAUUAAUCUCCACAAUGACUGAAAAGAAGUCUUGGACUCGGCCUCCAAUUCAGAUGGAAUUUCAGGUUCCUAUGUUUACAGCAUCUGGAUUGCGUGUUCGUUUCCUCAAGGUGUGGGAAAAGAGUGGGUACAACACAGUUGAAUGGGUUCGUUAUAUUACAAAAGCUGGUUCUUAUGAAAUUAGGUGCUGAGAUGGCUUACGGGUGUCAUUAGAGGUCUGUGCAAAGAGAACAAAUUGCCAACACAAGUAAUCAUGAUCUAACCACAUGACCUCAUCUUGCUCUGGGUUGAGGCAUCUUCUCUUUCUGCGUCUUGUAUUCUUCAAGGAAAAGGUUAUUUGUCGAAUGACAAAAUACAAAUAGAAAUUUCAGGUUAAUGUUAUUUGUGAAGGCCUCUGCGUGCCGCUCUUCAAAGUGUGAAAUUAGUUUUUCAGAUUCUGUUGUAAAGUGUCGGAAUUCUUAAGUAGGUCUGAGAGAGAGCUAGCAUUAGAUGAGAGCCAGAUUUCUGUUAAUUUCUGACACAAUUUAUUCCUCUUAUUAGUUUGAUAGUGAGUGUGAAAAUCAAUGAAUUUUGUUGGAAAGAAAUGUUUUCGUGGAUGAUUAUGAGCUGUGGGACAACCGCUCUAAACUGUAAUAUUCUGGGGAUACAAUAUUUUGUUUCCAUCAAGUUCUUUUUCUUUGCUGCAGC